AGUCUUUCAACCGGGUCGAAAGAAAACAUGGAGGAUGGUUUGGAGCAAUGUUAAAGGUCUAUUGGUAGCGUUAUUUUGUGUUACAUUGCUGCUUUGCCUCUUGGAUGCAAAAGACUUUCGUUACAAGCGUUAUACUUUCAGGAAAAAGCAGAGACUACUUGAAGAGGGAGAGAUUGACGUACGACUGACCUCAUUCAAGGGCUGUGUUGUGAAGCAAUUCCAAGAACAAGAGAGCAGAAAUCGUGGAUUAUAAUGGAACAAACACACAACGGACUCUCAUCGCAUUUGUAAGAGCAAUCAUCAGUCUACAUCCUUUUUAGGUGGCUUCAUACCUGAAAGCAGUAUGAGACUGAUAAUAAGCUUUAUGGCCUUCUCGUUUAUUACAUGUUGUAGGCUUCAUGUGCUCAAAAACCUCCCCCUCUCCCCUACCUAUCAGGUUGCUGUAGUUACAGGGUUGCCAAGCUCCUACGUCUCCAUAUUUCACCUUGCUCCAUCGUUUUCGAGUCACAUGUUCCGAGAGGGAAAGUGUGUCUCGGAUAUGUCACCGAAAUCAAUUGACCGUGAAGGCCUGAGAGAAAGCCAUACAGGAACUAACCAAUCUACAGUGUGCAACUUGUGGGACGUUAGCUUGUUAAUCUGUCAGUAAGGAGUAUGCAGAAUAAAAUUGUUCUUCAAGCUUUAAACUGAAGGACUCGAUAAGAAGACUAGUGCAAGGAGCAGCUGCCAGUGUUAAAGCAAGUGUGUUACUGUUACAAGGGAGAGGUGUGAGGUGAAAAGCUGUUGUAGAUUGGUAGACUUGAGGCUACGUGUCUCCACAGACUCUGAAAUAAAGCCGAAAUAUUGUAAAAUUAACCUUUCUGCAUUGUAAUACACUACAACGUGAUUUUCAUUAACAAUCCUCGGACUUGUGUGUUCUAUGUUAUAAUAAACCAAUGUAGCUGAAGAGGGCAAGUGCCAGAGCGAAAUACGCGACAAGGU